UCCCAGUCGUUCACACCUGAAUUAAACUGACAGGAAAAUUACAUGUUAUCGCUUAAUACUCUAGUCGCGUGAAUAUGUUAUAUGACAUAUACACUACAGUUGAAAAUAGUUUCUUUUUUGAUACUUAAUUUUUCAUAUAGCAACCAUGUUAAUAAAUCCAAUAAAACAGAUGACUUAUUCGAAAGUGAUUAGAUUAAUAGAAGUUAUUUUAAUACUAACAGGUAUAUAUGCGAUUUUUGCGUUUACUCGGAUGAGUAUAAACAAAGACAUGAAAAUUUCUACUAUCACUGAGAAUGAAAAUGAACGGACUUUGACUAAUAUUGUAAGGACCAACAUAGGAAAAGAACAAUUUAACAUCGAUAAUUUACAGAUCGAUACAGGGAACAAACGGAUCAAGGCGGAUAAUAUACAAACCAACAUUUCCAGGAUUCAGGACGAGAAAUUACUAAAGAGAACAAAAAUAUUUAAAAAGCUACUGAUGGAUAAAUUGGAUCAAGCUGAUGUACCUGUCAAUCAAGUGGUUAAAACAAGAUCUAAAUUUCACAGAGUUUCAGGCAUCGUUAAUAUAUAUAACAUCUCAAAAUCACAGAUUGUUAACACUUCUUUGUGCAUCGAUACGCGCACACCAUCUGUCUUUACUAUGUGCACGUGGGAGUUAGACAAAGAUGCCUGGGUGUCUAAAGAUAUACACAACACCGGUCAAUGGGAACCAUUAGUUACUCAAACUAUUUAUGACGUUCUUAAUCAAGGCAGAAAAAUGACAUUUAUUGAUAUAGGAGCUAAUAUGGGAUAUUUUAGUUUACUGGCAGCAUCCAUUGGACACGAUGUGGUGUCAGUGGAGCCAUGGGAUCAGCAUAUUCAGAAACUUGUUCAUUCCAUUCAUAUAAACAAAUUUGAAAACAAAAUAACAAUUGUAAACAAUGCAAUAUCAAAUAGUCGACGUGAAUUACAUUUCUAUGUGCCAUGGCCAAAUAACCAAGGGGCUGCAAGACUUGUUCUUGGAAACCAAAAUGUUGAAAAUAAUCAACGUUUUUCUGCGAACAGUAUUACUUUGAAUGAUUUAGCGAACCUCAUCCAAACGAAAGAUAUCGUCAUGAAAAUAGACAUAGAAGGACAUGAAUGUCGAGCACUUGAGAAGGCAGACGUAAUAUUUGACAGAUUCAAUGUGAUAUUCAUCUCGAUGGAAUGGGUUGUGAUGCGGUUGUAUAGGGAUAAAUAUGGAACGGCUUGUCCACCUGAAAACAUUCAAAAGAUGUUAGAAAUGUUGACUAGGCGUGGAUUUGUACCUUAUUCUUUUAGAAACAAUAUUCAAUUAGACCCGUACGAAAGUGAUAAGUGGAUGUAUGACGACAUCUACUGGAAACCAAGACCAUUUUGAUUUAUUGUCAUUUUGCUUGUACGUGACACUUAUUAUUUCCUGCUGUCUCACAAGAACAAAAAGUUGGAUAUAUUUUGCUAUACAGUGAACUUAAUUUAUUGUUUAACAUCUUGGAAAUACUUGUGAAAAGAUCUUUUCGAAACAUAGAGAAAAAAAAAAGAAGAGAAAAUUCCAACAACAAUAAAAGCAACAACAACAACAACAACGACGACAACAACAACGUUCACAAAAUGCAGCCGCUCAUUCUGCACCUCACAUUCAUGUAAAUAUAGUUUAGAUAAAAUACCAUUUAUUUAUGACCAAGCCAAUCCAAAAUGUAUCAUUCCUCAAGGAUUCGCGACUCAAGAAAACAUAUAGGUUACAUUUUUGUUAGUAAAUAUGUAAUGGAAAUAAAGUAAAGUUGAAGAAAAAAAUCUACAUAUUACUAAAGCACAAGGAACCAUCGAACAAUGUUCUCUACUGUUAGCAGAAAUAUACAGAUGUGGUAAUUAUCUACAGAUAUCUACAGAGACAGGAACUGGCUCAAGCUCUGGAAAGAAAUUUUAUGAUAUUAAGCAGUGCUUUAACGUUUAGCGGCGUUUUAACAUUUAAGGAAUUUAUGACAUUUACCGGUAUCUACGCCACCUUACACUGAUUGUAAGUUUGAUAUUAAAUAUUUAAUACAAUGUAACAAAUAACACGAACCACAAUGGAAAAGUACACAUCGCUCGCUAACGCUUGUUUGCGUAUACGUGUAACUUAAAGAUAUUUUUAUGCUUUGCUUCCUUGGCGUCAUAGUAUAAGUAUUAUGUAUAUUGCUCUGACAAGUAAAAGGGGCCUCAGAGGGCGAGUGUUUAAGGCCGCAGACUUCAAACCAUUUGCACGCAUCGCUAAGGGAUCAAGUGUAUAACUCUUUCGUCCCAUUGGCUGUCAAUCUAUAGCUUUUGCCGACCCUUUCUUUAGUAUUGUUAACUUUUACAGUAGUUCUAUUAAUACAUUUAGACCACAUGACAUAAAAACUGUAAUCAAAACUGUCCCGUACGUUCUAUGGAAAGUAGGAUUAUAAUAUGAACUGCUUUUGCUGGAAGAGCAUUAUUUUGUACCGUUGGCGUUCGCUUACCAGUAGUCCAUAAGAAACUACAUGUUAAUUUUGCAUUUAUUAUGUUUCCUUCAAAUACCGGGUUUACUAAAAUUUUACGCUCAUAAACACUUUAAGUCAAUUGCAAUUGUCAGUGUGGAAUUCCCCAAACAUAAUUAUAAUUAAAACUGCUAGACGAUAUAUUUUGUAUGGAGUUCUAAAAUAUCUAAAAUAUGUACACAUUUCUUUACUGGUUGUAAAAUGGACACAUUAAAACGAAGUGAAAUUCA